AUGGACUUCCAAACUCCAACGCGGGAGAUGAAGGUGCAUAAGUACCACUGUCCAGCCGUUCCAUCGAGUCUAGCUUACCACUUCCAGAACCCGUCUUUCGUCUUGAAAGCGAUUGACGAACUGACAUUCGAGGACCGCCCUGUCCCUGAGAUCGAAGAUCCGCACAGCGUUCUUCUUCAAGUCAACUACACGGGCAUCUGUGGCUCAGAUGUACACUACUGGCGUCACGGACGAAUCGGACCAUUUGUAGUGAAGACGCCUAUGGUACUGGGCCAUGAAUCUUCCGGGACAGUCAUCGAGGUGGGAUCGAAAGUAACGUCCCUGCAGAAAGGCGACCGGGUCGCGAUGGAGCCUGGCAUCCCAUGCCGGUUCUGUGCAAGGUGUAAGGAAGGCAGGUACAACCUGUGCGCAGCGAUGGCGUUUGCAGCGACACCUCCCUACGAUGGCACCUUAGCCAAGUACUACGUCCUGCCCGAGGACUUCUGUUACAAGCUGCCGGCGAACGUGAGCCUGGAAGAGGGUGCAUUGCUCGAGCCGCUCUCUGUCGCAGUUCACCUUGUGCGGCAAUCGCAGAUUAAAUACGGCGACAGCAUCGCUGUGUUCGGGGCGGGUCCCAUCGGACUGCUCUGCUGCGCCGUUGCAAAAGCGUAUGGCGCGAGGAAGAUCAUCGCAGUGGACAUACAGAGGCAUCGACUCGAGUUCGCUGAACGGUUUGCGGCCACGGCCACGUUCGAACCGAGCAAGGCGUCCGCAGAAGAGAAUGCACGGAGGCUCAUUCACGAAAACGACUUGGGCAGUGGGGCCGACGUGGCCAUUGACGCCAGUGGGGUGGAGCCCUCUAUCCAAACCGCUAUACAUGUGCUGCGCCAGGGGAGCACAUAUGUACAGGGAGGAAUGGGUCGGGACUCAGUCUCCUUCCCAAUGGUAACUGCUUGCACGAAGGAGUUGACUAUUCGUGGUUCGUUCCGGUAUGGGCCUGAGGACUAUGAGACUGCUCUGGUCAUGGUUACUAGGGGUACCGUUAGAGUGAUGGAUCUGAUCAGCAGGAAGGUUGCUUUUGAAGAAGCAGAGGCUGCUUUCCGGGAAACAAAAGGCGGGAGUGCAAUCAAAGUUCUGAUUGCUGGGCCAGAGUGA